AAAUUAUUAGACCAAUCUGUGAUAUUUUAUACAAAAUAUUUAUAUUUUCAAAAUAAGACUAGUUUUGAUUUUUGCCUUCUUAAAGACAUUCUUCUAACCUGGUUUAAUCGUUGUUUUGUCUGUUUAACCCCACCACCUGUGGAUCUAUUAAACAAAUAGAUUUCUGGAAAAGCCAAUAUCCCCUUAAGUAUGACUCAUUAUAUUGGGCGUUUUGUCUGCUUUUGCAAAUAGUAUUCGUCCAAUUAGAAAUUUGGGAAGUCUGGAAUGGUACUUUCCUGAGUUCCUGACAAAUUUUAUGGAAUUUUAUUUAACAUGGGUAGUGAAAUAGAAAUUCCUGAGACACCUAAUUGGUUGAAAGAACUAGAAGCGAAAAGGGAGAGAAGACUAAAGACAAAGUUGGGUCAUGAAUUAGGAGCAGGAGCCCCUUGUCUCACCUGUGAAGAUAAGUGUCCAGGACUGGAUUUACAUUUCUGGAGAAAAAUUUGUAAGAAUUGUAAAUGUUCUAAAGAGAAUCAUGAAGUCCAAGACGAUGAUAUCUAUGGAUGGGCUCAAGAUGAACUUCUUGGAACCAAAGUCAACAGAUUGAAAAGGAAAAUCGUAUUGCCUGGUAGGAAAGACAAAGAAGUGGAACUAGAAUGGGCACCAAAUGGUCAGAAAGAAACCAUCGACAAAUACCUGAAGACUCUACCACCAGAACUUUUACCUAUCAAAGGAUCACAGGCAGCUCAGGACAGAAAACAGAUGCUGAAAAAACAAAUACCUAUUCAUGAUAUAGAUCCCUCCUUAUGUCACGAUUUAACAGAUGAAGAACUGAAGAAAAUGCAGGAAUAUGUUGCUCACAUCAAGCAAAGUAGUGUUGGUGUAGGCCACUUGAUACAAAUUAGCUUUAAUAAGGGCCAAACUCACGUCAUGGACAAGAAUGAUGCUAUGUUUCUCAUUAAUAAUGUGCCUAAAGGUAUUGUAAGCUCGGAAAAUGUCAUACUCCAUGGAGGGGAUAAUUCAGUUCCUUUGGACAAUCUUGGCAAUAACCAUGGUACUUUAGAUUUAAGAGAAAAUCCAGGCCUUGUUGCCUAUCAGGCUAACUUUGCUCAACCAGUAGAGAAUGAGGAAAGGAAUCCUAUAUUCCCAAGCUUCAAACAUAAGCAGAAUACAAUUAACGAUGUGAUUCAAAGAAAUAAUGAGAAAAAUCUGAAGAAGAAUGUUUUAGACCCUGUAGGUAACAGAGUGGUUACAGAAGAUAUUCAAGUACCUCAGGAAACAUGCCUCAGGGAUCUAAGUUACUCUUAUGAAGAUUAUCCACCUACAAAUACUAAUACGGUUUGUUCAAGUUCAGAAAAAAUUGAUGAGCGUUUGAUUGGAACAUCCAGUAUAAAAAACUUGGUGCCUUCUGCAUUUGUGCCGACCCAGCAUUCAGAUAAUCGCUACGAUGAUAAUGAUCCGAAAAAAGAACUAGAUCGGGGUUCAGUUAGAGAAUUGCCAUAUCCUAGUCAGUUUAUAAACAAUGCACUCAAAUAUCAGAAGCAUUUACCUUACUAUAAUCCUGGAAAUAUUCAUACUGUUGAAGAACACCAAAAUCCCGCAUACUUCCAACCAAUAAAGGACUUGGCAUAUAGUACAAAUCAAAAUAAUCCUUUUGAUCCCACAGACAAUGCAUUAUACUCACCUCAGGGUUCCUACUACCCAAAUUCAAAAGAAAAUCAAUUAACAAAGAGUGCUUUUUUUCCAUGUAGUCCAUUUAGGACAAUAGAGAAUAUCUCUGAGAGUCCUGUGAAUUCUACAAUUCACAACUCGGUUCAUGACCAACUCCACCAACCUAAACCACAAGUGGAAUUUUCUAAGAAUAAUUAUAUGUCAAGCAGUCCUCAAACUGUAGAACCUAAUUCACUUGGUUAUAGUCAAGAGAGACUACAAAAUCUGGCAAUAUCUAAUCAAAAAGUACCUCAUUUUAGUCCUACUAAGACUGUUCUUUAUGAAAAUUCUCAAAUGCCUACUCAAAUAAGAAAUUUGAAGGAUUUGGCUUAUUCUACAUACGAUUCACCCCCAAAUGAUGCUUCAGAUGAAAACUUUCAUAAUCUAAGUGUAAGAGACAGGUUGAAUAAACUGAAACAGAAGGAGUUGUCUGUCUUGGGACCUAAAAAUUCUCCUGUUUCUGACCAGACCUUGUCUCCAAGCAAAUUUGCAGUCAAAGACAAAGUGAUGCAUUUAACUCCAUCCUUCUCCAAUCCCCCAAAUUCAGAAAAUCAGGGAUAUAGUACUCUAAACUCUCCUUCAAAAGUGUCUAGUUUCAAGUCUCCUCACCCUCAAAAAAUUACUUCGUGUGAAUUUGAUACUGAAAGUUCAAAAUUGAGUGGAAAUCCACACUCACCGAAUAAAGGUGGAUUUGGAGCUUUAUCUUCUAAGAAUAAUUCUGUAAACACCCCACACAAAGAUCUACUUUCACCAGUUCCUUUGAAGCCAACUAAUUUUUCUGAACAGAAAUACUAUGAUGGUGUCCCAGCUUUUAAUCCUGGAAAUCAGAACAUCUUAGAAGAUGAUCUUCAGCCAAAAUAUAUCCCAAUUGGUGCUAUCAGAGAUAUUGAAUAUGAAAACCCUGAGAUUCGCACUGCUCUCUCUAAAGACAACAAUUUGUUUGAAGGCUCCACUCCCAAUAAGUUUGAACCUAAUCUCAAUUUGGUAAACUUGCCUUGUUGCCAUUAUUGCAAUGAGAUUUUUAAGCAGGAAGAACUGGCAAUAACCAUACCUGAACGAUCUGAUGCUAUUUACCAUACUGGUUGUUUCAAAUGUCAUGGUUGUAAUCAGAUUUUGGCAGACAUGUUCUAUUUUUAUGAUAAAGGGACUGAUAAUAUAUACUGUGGCCGGGAUUAUGCCAAGAUAAGAGGAAUUCCUCGUUGCAUGGCAUGUGAUGAAUUGAUAUUCGUUAAGGAGUAUUGUUUGGCAGAAAACUCUACUUUCCAUGUUAAGCAUUUUUGUUGUUUUGAAUGUGACAAGCCUUUAGCAGAUCAGAAUUAUGUCAUGGAGAACAAUCAACCCGUCUGUAUACCUUGUUAUGAGUUAACAAAAGCUAAUAAAUGUUAUGCUUGUAAAGAAGUCAUUCAUCCUGAUCAACAGGGGCUUCAACUGAAGGAUGGCGUUCAUUUUCAUGCGACAGAUGACUGUUUCGCUUGUAAGAUGUGUAAGAAGUCUUUGUUUGGGGCUAAAUUGUUGUUUAGGAAUGAUUGUUUGUAUUGUUCCCACGACUGUUAUAAUUCUGAUUCUUGAAGAGUUGAAAUUUCUUUCAAACUCUUUUAGUUUUUUAAUGAAUUCCGAAUUCAUAUAUAUAAAGAUAUGGUAAAUGAUCCACAGAUAAUAGGAAUUACAAUAUGUUUGAAAAAUAUCCUUUUGCAAAUCAACCAAUGUAACCUCUGAACCACUCUACAUUCGAUGAGCCCCCAUUUAAAUCCAGAAAAAAAAAAGGAAAUCUUUUUUCCAUUUUUCAACAUGCAUUAUCGCUCAUGCCCCCCCCCUCCCUCCUUGUAUCCGCCCAUGAGGUUGACUGGCAGACAGAUUUUAAAUCCUGUGUUCUGCGGAUAAUUUUUUAUAUCUGUAUUUAUCAACUGUAGGGUAUGAUAUUAAAAAAUAAUUUCAUGUUAGAGUUCCCAAUACUCUAAUGCAAUAGUUAGUGAUAAAACCUUUUUCUAUGAAGGUUUGGGUUUUACAUUAUAUAUGUAUACAUAUAUGUUGUAGGAGUAUUGUUUUGAAAAUUAGUGGUUCGAUAUUCGGGUAUUCACUGACGAACUAACCACAAUUUCUAAUCUACAAUAUUAAAGUAUUGUUCGUCAAACAUGUCACUUCCUAGUGCCGCAUUAAUUGAGCGAAUUCACAAAUGAACUACAACAUACAUAGUGGAAGUCCACAUUGGCAGACUUAUCCUAUUUUUAUUGCCAUUGAAGAGCUCAGUACUCGCCUUUAGCUUCAUCUCAAUGUAUUUAAACAACAGGAUAAUAUGCCAUUCAACCCUAAGUCUUCCUGAAAUUUUUAACAUUAAAAACCUAAGAAUUGUGAUGUGAGAAAAUGGAUUGCUAUUUUUAUAUUGGACUCAUAUUUACCAUUUUAUAUUCUUGAUAAUAUUUAUAGCAUUUUACAUUAAUUAAGCAAAAUAUACUUAUAAGUGCCCUUUUUGUACUGAAAUGUAUUGUAAUUUUAUACAAAUAUUUUUGUGUAGCUACUUUUUUUCAUAAAGAGAAAAAGAGUUUAUAUAUUCUUGGAACAUUUUUAUACUUCGAAUAAUUAUUGCAUCUUGCAUAAUUUUGAAAAGUGCUGAAAGAGUUUAUUUGAACAAUUGAAUAAUUUUUGUAUUUCUACUUUAUUUCUUCUGAGAGCAGCUUUACUAUCGUUAAUUUGAAAAUUUUCUCUUGUUGCUAUUGUUGAAUUCAUUUCCAUUUGUGAUAAUUUUUUUUGGUUUAUUCCGCAUUCAUAUUAGUAGUGCCAUUUAUUGCUAUCAUUUAAUGUUAAUUAUCACAGUACUAUGUAAUCCCUUUUUGCUUGUUUGCUUUGUGAAUGUGAAGUUUAAAUUUAUCUUUGUGAUAGUGCCAUAUGGCAGCCAAAUAAACAAUAAACUUCA